ACCGAGAAAAAAAAAAAAAUGUGGUGGGGGGCAUGCGCGGUGUGGAAGGCGGUGCUACCAUCCGUUGCCCCCCGAGAGGAUUGUGCACGUCGACGGGGCCCUGACGCCUGGAUUCGAGACGGGGAGUGUGGGAAGAGACGGCCAGGAGUGCGACCUGAUUAUUGCGACCAGCGCAAUCCCCUGGGGACGGGAAGAAGGGGACAGACACUGGCCUCAAAGACCUGAUCUGGUUCUCCUGAUGAGACCCACUGUGCCAGGCUCCUCAGGCCGUGCACCCCCAGAAAAUGAGCCUGCUGUGGUGAAGCUGGAGGACUCUGACAACUACGAUGAGAGAGAAGAUACACUGUGGGACCCAGGCCCUGAGGCUGCACGUCUACGCUUCCGGUGCUUUCGGUAUGAGGAGGCAAUAGGUCCUCAGGAAGCCCUGGCUCAGCUCCGAGAACUGUGUCACCAGUGGCUACGUCCAGAGGUACAUUCCAAGGAACAGAUCCUGGAACUCUUGGUGCUGGAGCAGUUCCUAGGUGCAUUGCCUUCUGAGAUCCAGGCCCGUGUGCAAGAGCAGUGGCCAGGCAGCCCUGAAGAGGCUGCUGCCUUGGUUGACAGACUUCGAUGGGAGCUUGAUGGACCUCGGAAAUGGGUCACAGUCCAGGUACAGGGCAAGGAGGUCCUAUCAGAGAAGAUGGAACCUUCCAGCUUCCAGCCUAGACCUCAAGUCAAGCUUCAGACUCCAGAGGCUGGGUCUGAGACUACCCCAGGGGCCACGCAGGAAUUGCCGCUGGACCUACAAAUGAAAGAAGAGACAGAGUUGAUGGAGAAUCCAGAGCUCCUGGACUCUGAGCCUCUUUCUGCUGCUCAAGAGGCUGCAGCCACUCUCCUACCUAAGGUGGCCCAGGGCCAUGGGAUAGCACUGGACCAGACCUCUCCUCACAGCGACACUGAACCUGAUGUGCCCCCCUGGAGCGAGGACCCUAUGCCCCUGUGGCAUGAGGAAGUAGAAGGCAUCUUGUCGCCAGGGUUCACGCUGCAGAUGGACAGCAUCACAGCAGAGCCAGAUACGGUGAGCCCCCACCUCCAUGUCCCCUGGGAUCUGGACAUGGCUAGCCUCUCUGGACAGAUGCAGUCCCCUACCAGAGAAGGUGGCUUUGCCCAUGCCCUCGUACUCCCCAGCGAUCCAGGAAGUGAACAGGACCCUGCCUGUGAGGAUCCCUUCCCCAGUGUGGGCCCAGCACUGGUGGCGACUCGCUGGCAUGCCCCAAGGGACCAGAGCCAGGGCCACCCUAGCACAGGGACUGAAGUGAUGCGAGGCGGCCGCUGCGACGUGUGUGGCAAGGUAUUCAGCCAGCGAAGCAAUCUGCUGCGGCACCAGAAGAUCCACACAGGCGAGAGACCGUUCGUGUGUGGCGAGUGUGGCCGAAGUUUCAGCCGCAGCUCUCACCUGCUGCGCCACCAGCUCACGCAUACUGAGGAACGGCCUUUCGUGUGCCGCGACUGUGGCCAAGGCUUCGUGCGCAGCGCCCGCCUGGAGGAGCAUCGGCGCGUGCACACGGGCGAGCAGCCGUUCCGCUGCGCAGAGUGCGGCCAGAGCUUUCGGCAGCGCUCCAACCUACUGCAGCACCAGCGCAUCCACGGUGACCCGCCAGGUCCGGCGCCGCCCGUCCGGUCCCUCGCUGGAGUGCCCGAGCCUCCGGGCCCCUUCCCUUGCAGCGAGUGCUGCGAGAGCUUCCCACGACGCGCAGUACUGCUAGAGCACCAAGCGGUGCACACCGGAGACAAGUCCUUCGGAUGCGUGGAGUGCGGCGAGCGCUUCGGCCGCCGCUCGGUGCUGCUGCAGCAUCGGCGCGUGCAUAGCGGCGAACGACCUUUCGCAUGUGCCGAGUGCGGUCAAAGCUUCCGGCAGCGCUCCAACCUCACCCAGCACCGGCGCAUCCACACCGGCGAGCGGCCCUUCGCCUGCACCGAAUGUGGCAAGGCCUUCCGCCAGCGGCCCACUCUCACGCAGCACCUGCGUGUGCACACCGGUGAGAAGCCCUUCGCCUGCCCCGAGUGCGGCCAGCGCUUCAGCCAGCGACUCAAGCUCACGCGCCACCAAAGGACCCAUACGGGCGAGAAGCCCUACCGCUGCAGUGAGUGCGGCCUCGGUUUCACGCAGGUGUCUCGGCUCACCGAGCACCAGCGCAUCCACACAGGUGAGCGGCCUUUCGCCUGUCCCGAAUGUGGCCAGAGCUUCCGGCAGCACGCCAACCUCAUCCAGCACCGGCGCAUCCAUACAGGCGAGCGGCCCUACGCCUGUCCCGAGUGUGGCAAGGCCUUCCGCCAGCGGCCCACGCUCACGCAGCACCUGCGCACCCACCGGCGCGAAAAGCCCUUCGCCUGCCAGGACUGUGGCCGCCGCUUUCACCAGAGCACCAAGCUCAUCCAACAUCAACGCAUCCACAGCACUGAGUAGCUGUACAGCACUGAGUAGGUCAAAACACCUCAUUAGGUUGUUGUGAGGCUGCCAUCUUCCAACAGACCCAAGUAGAGCCUUCAGUAGGUGCUCAAUAAAUAGAUGAUGCUUCCCCAACCUUACCGCAGUUUCCAUGCUGGUACAAGCUCUGCACACACGGCUGCCGGGGGGAGGCUACACACCUCCUUCCACAGUAGCACUACCACACAAUACUUCUGGCUUACGCAGAGGGGAUGCCCAGCCUCAGAUGGGGCAGAGCAGCCACAUUCACAAAGAAGGAAAGGGUUCUUUACGUCUGCUAUGGGUCUAGUCAAGAGAGAGGUCUACCAAUAUGUCACUGGUGGGUGACUGAAAAGGGUAGUCCAGCUGGGUGAGGUAGUACACACAUUUAGCCCUAGCAUUCAGGAGGCUGAGACAGGAUUGCAUUGAGUUUGAGUUCAGUAUGGACAACACCAAAAGCACACAUUGAGGUGGCACACACGUGUGAUCCCAACACUUGGGGACAGAAAGAUAAUUGCCAAAAGUUCAACAGAUAAGUCCAUGUAACAAGUUCCUGGAUGGCCAGAGUUGCAUGGUGAGAACCUAUCAAACAAACAAACAAACAAAAAACCAACAACAGAAACAGAAAAUACAAACGUGGUGGUGUGAUGGCACAAGAUUUGUAACCAUUCCAGCUAUUCAGGAGGCUGAGGUGGGUGAACUGCUAUUUCAACGCCUGCUUGGGGCGGGGCCUUUGCAGUGGGAUAGUUCAGAGGUAACACUGCUUGUCAUGAAGCCUGAUGACCUGCGUUUGAACCCUGGAACCCACAUGUUGGAAGGAGACAACCAAUUCCUGAAAGUUGUCCUCUGACCUCCACAAUCUGUGUUUCCUGGGUUGUUUGCACAUGCACAUACACAAGUAAAUAAAUGGGAAAAAAACUUUAAAAGG